CUCGAAAACCGUUCGCGGAGGGUAUCGCUCGUCACCGAUGAAUGCGGAAGGCAGCGAUUAUUUAUCUACCUCUUUCCUGGUUUUGCCGGGUGGUUCACUUUUACCUUAACUUCAAUUGUACAGAUAAGUUCUAUAAUAUUCAAAUGAAAGCUAGGUGUAUAGACACUAUUUAAAAGGGGGAAACUUUUUCAACAAGAUAAUAUCUAGUUCUACUACCUAGGUAUACUUAUAUUAUAUCACCCAACUUAUAGUCUUUCUUAUUAAAAUUUAUAUAUCUACUUACUAAGUACCGAACUUGAGAUGGUGUAUAUCACGUGGUUCCAAUGAGCCGCUAACCAAACCUUACUUUUUUGGCGAUACGAGUAUCGAUGAUCCAAACACAAAGCCGCGCCGCCUUGAUACAAUACUACAACGCAAUCAGCAGCCUUUUCCUUGCCAGUUCAAUAAUAGCCCCGAGGCUUAUACACAGACAACAAGCAAGAUGAAGCUCGUCAGGCUCUCGCGCAAAGCCUCUGACUGACUGUGCCACUCAUGGUAGGUUUCUGAUGAAAUGUGCCAAUGAGACGGUCACAAUCGAGCUCAAGAAUGGCACGAUAAUCCACGGCACCAUUACUUCCGUUUCCCCUCAAAUGAAUACAGCUCUGCGAACCGUAAAGAUGACACAACGUGGUCGUGAUCCCAUUUCUCUGGACACGAUUAACCUGCGAGGCUCGACGAUCAGAUACUACAUCCUCCCCGACUCCUUACCGCUGGAUACACUUCUGAUCGAUGAUGCGCCCAAACCCAAGAACAAGGCACGAAAGGAAGUUGCAGACAGAGGGGGCGCCAGAGGCGGAAGAGGUCGUGGAGGUCCAAGAGGCCGGGGAGGAUUCAGGGGCGGUCGUGGCAGGGGAGGCGGGAGGGGAUUUUAGAAUGGGUGCGUUGCUUAGCUGGGUCUGUUGAGGAGAUGUUGAUGUGGUACACUGGGAUGCCGCGAUUGCGCCGUAUGUCGAUUUCCUGGAGGCCAUACAUGGACGGGAGGGGUUAUAGGUUCACUGGCGUUUGUGGAUAUCAAAACUGAAGGCAAUCGACACGCCGAGAAUGCUUCUACUGGAUUCAUUAAAAACCGGUGUCCCUCUCAUGUUAAUUCUUUGGUACGCCAGAUCCUGAUAACUUGAAGCUUCUCCCAACCGGCCUUCCUUCCACUGCUUCCAACUGUUUCAGCUGCCCACCCAGGCCCCCACUUUCUGAUUCCUUCUUUGACAGUCUCGGGUUUAUUUUGAGCACAGAGGAGGAUAUAAGCGCAUCCUCGUGUCCUACAUAAGACAUCGCCCAAGUUGUCCAGCAGCCGGUGAGUUGUCUCCAUACCGUCUAGCCCUCCAGCAUAGGAUAGAGAAAGUAGCUUCGAGUCGUCGUUAUACGUGGCUACCUGGGAAGCACAUUCCAUUGGCAUCUGAGGCAGUUCUGAAGUCGGAACAUAUGGAGGGUUGAAGAUCAAGAUGUCAACCUGUUCAGACUUUAAAGCCCGUGUGAGGUCUCCAAGGAUAUUACCCAAAUGGAACCCAUGUAACUUUUCCUGCACAACUUUUUCUUUUUGUGCCAUCUCUACCGUCUGUCCUGUAGCCUUGCAAGCAAAUCGGUUCACGUCUACGCCAAGAGUGAUAAUAUCACUCCGCCCAAAUAUUGUCUCCGCGUGGGCAUUGACAAAAGAGAUGACAACCCCAGAACCCGUUCCAAUCUCAAGUACCAGUGGCGAGUUAGACGCGCGGAUGUUUUCGGUACUUCCGGGCGGAGUUUUGUGGAAACGAUCAUGUAGGAAUGCUUUCUCAGCCUCGCAAGAUAACGUGUCGAGCAGCAAGUAAGAAUCUUCCGCGGGCUCGUAAAUCCUUUCAAAUGCCACGUGAGACGUUGAUGGAGUUGGAAGCAUUGUGACACCCAAAGGUCGAUCUUUCACCGAGAUUCCGUUGAGAUCAGUCCAUAGGAGAAUCUGAGGGUGCCGAUUGUAAGAGGACAAUGCACUGUAGUUUCUAUG